AUGGUAAUGAAGACCCGAGCUGCCGUUAUUUCGGCCACGAGUGUAAUAGUAUCGCGAAUUGAUAGUACGUUCAUUGCAAGGCAAAGGUUUGAACCACGGCACGUAGCAAACAUCGCAUGGGCUUGCGCGAAGCUCGGCCUCGAUAUUGAAACUGGCAGGGGCGAUGAUCUUCGUGGAGGUAGCAUUGAGACUGUAUUUUCAGCGUUGGCUAUGGCUGUGGUCCGCGUUGCAUCUCACAUGAACACGCAAGAGCUGUCGAUGUGCGCAUGGGCACUGGCUGCGUUUGGUGUUGUCGAUGGCACGUUUGCUGUGGCAGAAGCUUUUGCUUCACAAGCCAACAAGGCUACACCACGACAGCUAGCGACAACUGUGGCGGCACUUGCUAAACUAGGUGAAGGUGGUGACGGAUAUGGUACUCUGUUUGAUGCCGUUGCGGACGCAGUCAUUUCCUUUCCAGACCCCAUAAAGUAUGAGCUGAAGCCCCAAGACGUGGCAAAUCUUGCGUGGGCAUUUGCUAAGCUUGGGCGUAAGAAGCAACUGAUGUUCAAUUACCUAUCAGAGGUUUUUGCUGCUCAAGCGGUAAUUGACGUGAAGGUAACCGCGUACUCGCCAAAACAAGUAUCAAUGAUACUUUGGGCAUUCGCAACGCUUGAUAUACAACAUCAAACACUGCUGACUGCAGCAAUACCCAUGAUAAAAGCUAGAGCGCAUGAAUUCAACCCGCGUGACUUAACUAAUACAGCGUGGGCACUAGAUUCACUCGGUGUUAAAUCUUUGGGUGAAGACAGGCUGAUACGCAAAAUCGGCCGCGCCGCACGCCGCCGACUUGCAGAUUUCAAUUCACAGGAAUUACUCAAGUUUUUGGGCGCACACGGGCGUUUAGGAGGCUAUGACAAAAAGUUAAAUGCUGCAGUAAGCGCUCAACGCAAACGAAGUUACGACUUUCCUUCGUUGGGGUCACGCGAUAGCUGCUCAAUCGUCACUCUUACCUCCCGUAUCCCGAUGCAUUAUGGUAAUGCUACAGUCGAACGCGUUGACGAUAGUUGCCAUGGCUGGGGACGUGGAGAUACUGGCGUUACAUUAUGGGAGGGCAGUUUCGUGCUUGCUGAGUGGCUAUCUCGGGCGCUGAAUCCGAGACACUCUAAUGAAAUUUCUGCAGCCAUGAGCGGCCACUGGAGCCAUCUAGCCUCUGACACAUGGGAGGGACGCGUCGGAGUGGAGCUCGGAGCCGGUUUGGGGCUCCCUUCUAUCGUUGCAGCAAAACUUGGAUUGGAAAUGGUCUCAACUGAUGGUACGUCACCCCUUCUCAGAUUGCGACGAGGUUUUCUUUUUCGCUGA